AUGAGCCCAAGGGAUUCUUUGUCAGUGAGAGGAGAACCGGAAGGAAGAAGGAGAUUGUCCUGGUACUAUGCUCCCUCCUUCCUGCUCCUCUGGCUGGCACUCUUCUUUGUCAUCGUGAUCCCGCUCUACAACAGACUUCCGGAAAGGGUGACCAUCGCAGAUGAACCUACAAAGUUGGGAGAAUUCGUGGCAGAACGGGCGGAGAGGCAGCUUAUAGACUUUGAGCUGAUCGGAACCAAAGUGGUGGGCAGUCAAGCGAACGAGGUGGAAACGGUUGAGUUUCUUUUGAAUGAAGUGCAAAAGGUUCGAGAUGAAAUGCGUAGUGACCUAUUUGAGAUCAAUGUUGAGAUCCAGUUAGCUACUGGUAGCAUUGUUUUUGGCAGUAUGCUGAGCAUGUAUCAGGGCGUUCAAAACGUAAUAGUGAAACUAAGUGCAAAGAAUUCCCAAAGUGAGUCCUACCUUCUGAUCAACAGUCAUUUCGACUCAAAGCCAGGCAGUCCAGGAUCUGGCGAUGAUGGUGCCAUGGUUGUGGUUAUGGUUCCAAAUAAUCCUUGGCUCAUGAAGUACUACAAAAUGUAUGCGAAACAUCCUUUUGCAACUACUUUAGCCGAGGAAACCUGGCAGGCUGGAAUUAUACCCUCUGACACCGACUUUCGAAUUUUCCGUGAUUAUGGAAAUGUGCCUGGCUUGGAUAUUGCCCAGGAAAAUAAUGGGUAUGUCUACCACACUGCAUUCGACACCUUUAGUGUGAUUCCAGGACGAUCCAUACAGAACACUGGCGAUAACAUUCUCGCUCUUACGAGGGCGUUUGCAAAUACCACUGAAUUGAUUGAGACAGAGGGAGCUGAUGAUGGGCAUUCUGUCUACUUUGACUUCCUUGGACUUUUCUUUGUGUACUACACGGAGACUACUGGAAUUAUUUUAAACUGUCUGACCGGAGUGAUAUGUCUGGUUUUGGUUGGUUGUUCCCUCUGCAGAAUGUCUCGCCAAACGAAGGAGGUUUCUCUAGGUCGUAUUUUAAUUUGUUUUCUAAUUAUCUUGGGACUGCACGUGGUUGGAUUUUUGCUGAGCAUAUGCCUGCCUCUAUUGUUGGCCGUCAUCUUCGAUGCUGGAGACAGGUCGCUAACUUAUUUCACCAGCAACUGGCUGGUAUUUGGACUUUACGUUGGUCCUGCAAUCAUAGGCCUUGUACUGCCAUUAACACUUUACUAUACCUUGAGGCCUAAUGAAAAACUUACCCACUCUUACCAUAUCCAGAUGAGUUUACACGCUCAUUGUGUGGUCUUGGCACUUCUUAUUCUUGUUUUAACCGCUGUGGGUAUCCGAUCACAAUAUCUUUGUCUGAUGUCAUUGAUCUUCUAAGGAGGUGCUCUUUUGAUUAAUCUGCUCAGUACAUUGCAUGAUCGUGGUUACUAUUGGAGUUUGAUUGUGAUGCUUCUGCAAGUGCUACCAUUUUGCUACUUCUGUUACUUGUUUUAUAUGCUACUCGUAGUCUUUUUUCCGGUCACGGGAAGAAACAGAAUCGGCUCGAACCCGGAUCUGAUUAUAGCAGUCUUGUGUGGUUGCUGCACUUUCUGUGCCCUGGGAUUCGUUGCCCAAUUCAUCAACGUUUUUCGAUGGCCAAAGCUCAUACUUCUUGGCUUGGGUGUAGUCACCUUUACCUUUUCAGAGGUGGGCUUUCCCUAUCGCGCCAAAACCAAUGUAAUGCGAGUUACAUUUAUGAAAUCCGAUGGUGACUUUAAUGCCCCCAUUUUGGAGCUCGGAGUUGUGGGACAUUUUGUCAGUUAUGAUUACAAAAGGGAUCCCGAGUCUCAGCAAUUUGUGACCGACUUACCAGACUAUGUGCACGCCAUGGAAUGGCCCUCAAUAUUUAAAGGAUAUAUAUUUUAG